AUGCCUGACGGAUCUGUACCGUCUUAUGGGAAAAUGCACAGCCACUCUUACUCCAAUGCGGAUACUGGAAUGGAAAACGCAAUGAAUGCGAAGAGAACCGCUGCGUUUAGGAUCAACCAUUACAACUCCAGUUCACCAAUUCACACGACAGAUAUUCCCGGCAGACCACGACUCUCUGGAAAACACUCUUAUGCCAGCAGCUAUGUCAUGCACAGUAAUAUCCCUAUGGGCAAGCAAAAUGUUGAUGACCAAGAACAGAUUAGUAGUUCUGCACCAUUUCACGGAAGAGCGCCAGCUCAGUCUACGUACAGGAAUAGCAUGUCAACAAAUAAAUCCUCGGGAUUGAUGUACCAUGACAAAUCCAAGAAGGAGAUUUCCAGUAUUGAUAUUGUGCAUGACCCCCAGGCCACGGCCCUUAUUUGUGCUGGGAAAGCUCACUUGGGAUAUUAUAAGUUCUCACCACAGGAUAGAUCAUUAAAAUGUCAGUACGAUCUUUUACACUCCAGCUUCCAGAAUUCGCGAAUCUCGGCUACCUCAUUCUUACCCAAACGCAGCCGACAAAUUAAGCUGAGCACGAUCGCAGAUGUUAAAACAGGGUUUCACAACUAUAAGAACUACGUUGCGGUGUGUACCAAUUCAACGACAGUUUCGUUGUUUGAUAUCAACAGGGCAAAUCAAACGGAUUCCGCUUUGGUGUCGUCGCUUGCUGAGCACACAAGAUCGGUAAACAGUUUUGACUUCAACAUGAUGCAGACAAACUUGCUGAUUAGCGGGGGUCAAGACGGGUGCGUAAAAAUUUGGGAUAUUCGCACGAAUAACCCAACAAAGAUCGUCAACACGUGUGAUGUCAGGAUAAAUACAACGUUUGGCUCGAUCAGAGAUAUCAAGUGGAUGCCGGGCUACAAUUUUAGCGGAAACGACAGAAACUAUACGGAUCUGCGAAGCCAUGGAGGAUACAAAUUUGCUUCCAUACACGAUUCGGGGGCCCUACUCAAAUUCGAUAUGCGGCAGCCGAAUCAGCCAGAGAAAAGGAUCAACGCACAUACGGGGCCUGGACUGUGUUUGAACUGGCACCCGCAUCAAGACUACAUCGCAAGUGGUGGUAGAGAUGGGAAAUGCUGCCUUUGGUAUUUUGGCGAUAGGAUGGAGCAAAGUGCUACAAAUCUACAAGCCAAUUCUGCCUAUCAACACCAGUUUCAGAGCCACUUCAGUGGCAACUCCAACACGAACGCCGCAGUUUCUUUCCCGGAAACAACAAUAAACAUUGGCUCUCCAAUCACCAAGUUGAAAUUCAGACCAACGUAUGAUAAAAAUAUCCAUAACUCAUUAAUAGCUAUCUCUUCUAUGGGAGAAGAGGCUCAAGUGUCAAUUUACUCUCUGGCUAGAAGAUACAUCCCGAAGCACAUUUUACAGACAAAGGCACCAUCCUUAGGGCUUGUUUGGUGGAACAAUAACGUGAUAUUUAACAUUGACAAGGACGACACAAUUAACGGGUGGGAUAUCAGAGAGGAGCCCACUGUGUUGGAUAACCUGACAAAGGCCGUUACUACUUGGAGGGACAUUGACGGUGAUGGGUUUACAUUUAUAGACCAGUCCGUCGGAGGAUAUGAUGCCGUGGACGACCCCACCAGAGCGCCGUUUGACUCCCAUAAAGACCGAAUUAGUUUAUCUGCCCACAGCAAAACCUCUUCGAAUCUAUCGACAGGUAUACUAGGAAAAAUGACGAUGAGCCAUUCCAACAUGGCAGGCUACGGCAUGGAGCGGCCUCAAAUCACAAAGACUGGACCAUCCAUGAGCUCAAGGAGCUUAGCAGGCUCACCAAUGCUCAACCUUUCCUCAAAUGGAUCUGCAGAAUCAUUGUCCACACACGAAGAAGAUGGAAGUGAGUAUCACCCGCCAUCAAUUAUUACCUUAGAUUUGCCUUUCAUCCUCAAUGGAAUGAGGGUAUCGCAAUUACAGAAAUACAAUAAUCGGUCAGGUAUUCCAAACGGUGCCAUGCUAAAGGACCUACCAGUUGACGUAUUCAAAUAUCUUGUCCGGGAAUUGCAAUUUUCAUUGAAUCUUGACGUGGAAGAAACGAGCUUUAAGCCUUCUAAACAACAGGACAGUAUUAUUGAAGAUGAUCAAGAAGAGAAAAAUUUAAUGAAGAAAUUUGGAUUCUCUGAAAACUCGACUUGGGCAGCCUUAGUCAAUAAAGACCAGAAUAAAAAGGAGGAGGUUUCUGAAGUCGAUGCAUCAACAGAUAGCAGCAACAGUAAAAGCAACCGCACACGGAGCUCAUCAACUAAGAUAACUGCUAAAGCCCACAAGAUAGACGAUGCAGCUGACAUCACAAACAGAGCCAACAUCGGAGAAAACUGGGACACCACAAAGAAGGACAAAGGUAUCAAAGAGGGCGAGAGGAGCAAACUAUACGAAGCAUUACAUAAGCCACAUCCAAGCCCGAAGGAUAAAGUGAAGAUACUAGUUCAAUUAAUGAAAGCUGCCAGUCAUAAUGCAGAUACCUAUUCCAAUAUCGAGGACCUCCAAAACUUCAAAGUGUGGAUAUUAAUAAGGGAUUCAUUAAUAUGGGAUCUUAAUCGAUGUUCAAAAAAUGAUAGCGACGAUGUACCUCUUGAAAUGAGGCAUGCUGGAGAGGUACCUGUUCAACAUGAUCUGAACACGUAUGAUGUUGAAAACCCAAGAAAAAUUUCAACGGCAUCUGAGUUUAGUAAUAAAGGACUCACAAGUGACGUGGAGUCGAUGAUGAUUGGUGAGCGUCCCCAGGCAUUGCGCGCCCUGUCUGUGGAAUCUAGAUAUAGCGAUAUGAAACAACCGAGGGAAUUAGAGUCUAAUGUGUCGUCACCCGCCUUAAACCCCACGCAUGCGGCGAUGAAAGGGGGGUCGCCUAUUUCUAAAACCACGAAACCAAUGACUGAACAAGGACAAGAUAUAACGGGAGAGAGCGCCAUUGAGGAAGAUGACCACCUUGACGAAGGAGACGUUUCGAAUAUUGACAAACAGAGCCCUUACUCUUCUUCCGAAGGUGCUACACACAGCAUCCCAAUUCUUAGAAACACUAAGAAGAGACUAUCGUUUAUUGACACGUUUAUGACUGGAUCAUACGCGGGUGGUGAUUACACAGGCGACGAAUUCAGCAACAGAGCUGGAAAGGUACCACCUAACCAAGGUAGUCCACGCAGCAAACUCUCCUCAUUGCAAAGUUUUGCGACAACUAAUAACUCGAAUCACACUCCAUUUUUCAAGAAAAUCAUCUCUCAGGCGAGCUCGCCGCGUAUUUUCGAGGGUAAUUCCAUCGACAACUAUUUUGGAUCGAUCGGGGGAAACUCUAUUCGUCACACAUUUAGCGCAACUGAUAGUGAUGCUGGAACGACACCUUACGCUAAAAAGAAAUCUGCACCUUGGGGGACGAAAAAGCUUAUCCGUCAAGUUUAUAAGCACGCAGUGGAGGCAGGAAACGUUUUACUCUCGAUCACCAUUUUGUUGCUAUUUCAGAAUGUGUACGACAUUGCUCCUGAAGAGGUAGUCAAGAACAGUCUUUUUGAGUUCUUGAGUAUGUUACACCGUUUUGAAGCGUUUGAAACGGCGUCCUUUCUUUUGAAACAUUGUUCUUGGGAGGACAUACUAGGAAGCGAAUCAGGACAAUCUUCUAUUCAAAUAUAUUGCGACAGAUGCCAUGGUCUGAUAAUGAACGAACCAUCUAAGGAAAGAUUUACAAAGGAGAAACACAACAUGGAAGCCAAUGGUGAGAAUGAUCCGAUGAGGAAGUUUGGGUACUGGUACUGUGAUUCGUGUAAGAAACCGACCACACUGUGCGUGUACUGUGAAAAACCGAUGAAGGGUCUGACCAUGGGAUUAUUGUCGUGUGGUCACGAGGGCCAUUUUGCAUGCCUGAGGGAAUGGUUCAUAACUGAGAAUGCGGACACUUGUCCCGGCGGGUGUAAUAUCAAGUUGAACUUUACUUAA